AUGGCUGAUUCCGAGUUGGAGAGUGCACUGGCGAAGGAAGGCUUGGCAGCAGAGGUCAUCAAAGUGGCCACGGAAGGGGGCUGGACAGCCUCGGCGUUCAAACACGUUGUUGAAACUCAGGCAGAAGUUGAGGGAGCCAUCCCCGAGAUCUUCCCAGGUCAGAUUUUGUCUCGGUUGCAGAUAGCCCAGAUCAAAGCAGCGUGGGCGGGCAUGCAAACAUCCAGUUCCUCUAGUGCUCUACCGGCCCCUGUCAACGCAGAUCCUACUUUGGAGACAUGGGUAGAGAGUUUUGCUCCCAAAAUUGCAUCCACGAAGCUGUCCGAUAUGAAGCGCCAAUUCCUUGCAAAUUACCCAAGUGAGGUCUUGAAUCCAUCUACUCUACCCUCUUUGAGGCUGAUUUCCCUCGCAGCUCAUCAAGAGGCACGUUCGGAGUAUAAAUGGAUAGCUUGGAAACAUCGCAUGACGGAAGAGAAAGCUUCGGAGUUGUUAAUUGCCAGACCCCACAAACAGCCCAAGCUCGAAAUGCUGGGUCUUUCCAGCUUGCUCCUUGAUGAUCCGCCUACAAUCGAAGUGACCGAUGCCAAUAUGGGGAUCAGUGGCAUCCAGCGAAUCUUGGCAGUGCAUGACGUUGCGUUGGCCAUGGUUGGCUCAGCUCACCUUGCCCGCCUUAAAGCCUACAGCUGCAAGUUCGUCCAGCUUGUGUCCCAGCGUUUCGACCCAACAUCAGGCCUGCGUGCACCGACAAUCCUAGAAGCGCAACAGGCAGAUUGUCGGAUUUGGCAGAGCAUCCAUUCUUUAGUCAGUGAGAAAGCUUGGAGCUUGAAUGACGCGUUGCAUGAGUUCACUGAAAUCAGAGGUGAGCUUAGCACCUUGCUGCAGGCUCGUCCGAAAGCCUUGUUCAUCCCCCGCGGCCCCGAUCUCAAAGGCAAGGGGAAGCAGGUCGGCCAAUGGAAAGGCCUCGGCAAGGGCCAGGGCCGGGGCAAGGAAAAGGGCGGUAAGCCCAAGGGCGCUCCAGGGAGACACAUCACCUUCGUGAAAGAGAUCCAAGUGGGAUCUGAGAAGAAAGGGCUGUGUGUCCAGUGGCAGAUUGGCCGCUGCACAAGGGGAGGCUCCUGCCCCUUUGUUCAUGCAUGUGCAUACCCCAAGCAGGCAGGUGCAAAUCGUGUUGCUGGGUAUGAUAUCCAGCCGGCAGCUCGGCCAGCCGAGCCUGUAAAUGUGCUUCCGAAAUCGGUCUCCUUGUUGGAGACAAAUGCUGGGCCUGUGUCGUCGCCAGCAGUGCAAUGUCCUCAGGGCAACAUCCCUUCACAACCCGUGUUGGGUGAUGUCACGUGCAACAUGCCUGGUCGUUCCAGUAAUGAGGUAACACCCGGGCAGGAGCGUUACUUCAGCGGCUCCGGGGGAAUCGGGAUACUGGAACUUUGGGGUGCGCCUAGGGAAUCCUUCGGCCCGUUCAUCAGUUACGGUGAGACUUGGAAUGCCUUGUGUGUCAGCAGGAACAUUUUGACGUCCCCGCACAAGGACACAGCAAAUUUGCCGGGGUCGUCAAAUUUGACAGUGGGGAUAGGUUCGUACUCGGAUGGAGGCCUUUGGGUCGAGGACCAAGCAGGCACUGUACAGCAGUUCAUCCCCAAGCUUGGGGUGACUCUCCCGGGCAAGAUCGUCACAACGCAUCAUGCGCCGUUUAAGUUCCCCGUGCACCUUUGGCACUGCACCCAACCGUGGCUUGGCGAUCGAUGGGUGCUGACUGCCUUUACCCUCCCAGGCAGUUCCUAG